AAACCUGUGUAAGUCCAUUUCUGGGCAUUCCUUAGAGAAUUCCCUCUGCUUUGACCAACAAGAUUUUUUCUCAUAAAUUAGUGAAAAUGAUUUAAUCUUCAUUUUCUCCUGUAUUCUGAAGGGCAAGCAGAGACAGAAUGGUGGCUGAAAACAGGCUUUGAAGCUGCACUGAAAGAAGUAACUUAGUGACUUCCUUUUUCGUGUUUCUCAGCCUUCCUCAGAGCCAUAGCACGGCAUGUGAGCGUUCUGGAGGCAGGCAGAGCUGAGACAGGAUGCAAAUGACUGUGCUCAAGCUGCUCUUUCCAUAGCUCCGAGGGCCAGGCUCACGGAUGGCAGGGGACGUCACCUACGCGGCCGUGGCGAUGCUGCCGAGGGAAAGGCCACACGCUCCUUCAGGGACAUCAAACCCAGGAAACACGAUCACAUACGCUGAGCUGCACAUGAACACCCAACCCCAAGGGAACAGCAGAGCAGAGACUUCCGCUCCUGGCUGCCAGCGCAGGUGCUCAGCCUGGUUCUAUGUGGCGCUGGUCCUGGCAAUCCUCUUGCUCAUCCUACUGGGAGUCGUGGCCAUACAAACCCAGCAAUUUUUGAAGGCCAGAGGAGGGAAAUCAGCAAGUUUGCCCCAGUAUGGUCUGAACAACACUGGCAGUGACAUUUCUUCAGAGAGGACCACCUCAUCAGUGCUCCUGAGACGGCUCAAGGAGGAGCUGUGUGAAGAUGGACAGGGGACAACAUGUGAGCUGUGUCCUCCUGGGUGGCAGCUGAACAGGGGCAGAUGUUACUUCUUCUCCAAGGAGACCAGGAGCUGGGAGGACAGCUGGAAAAACUGCCUGGCCAGGAAAUCCCAGCUGCUGGUCAUUGAGGAUGAAAUUGAGAUGGAAUUUAUAGACAAAAAAGACAAAGAUACCAAAUAUAUCUGGAUUGACUUGGACACUGAAGACAUGGAGAAAACAUUGAGUUCAGUGGGAGAUCACAGAGUAAAAGAAAAGAGGACAGCUCUAAAAAGCAAGGCUGACAAGAACUGUGCUGUUUACAGAAGGAAAAAUGUGAUCCAGAGAGAUGAUUGCCAGACGUUAAAGGAGUGGAUCUGUAAGAAGAACGCAACCUUGCUGGUGCUCUGAGCCACAUUUCCAGACAACAGGCAGAGCUUCUUGUCAGAAGACCCAUUUUACAGACCAACCAGCUUGUGAUGUAAAUAAUUUUUAUCAGACUUGCAGGGAAACUUGCACUUUGCUGUGCUCCCUAAGAAGUCAGAAGACAGGUCCUACAACAGGGCUGCAAGCUGUCACAGGAGGAUUUUGGGGUGCUGAGCCUUCACAAAAACAGAUUUUGGCAGCAGCUGCCUCAGGAAAGGUCAGAGGAGAAGAGGUACUCGUGAGGAGGAGCACUGUGCACGUGAACUGUGUGAUGUGCAGGAAUUAUGGCCCCUGUGGGAUAUGAAGGGUGUGCUGGGCCCACUGCUGUCACCCCUGCACACAGGCAGCUGCUGAGCUGAGGACUUCUUGUUUGGGUUUCAGCAUUUUAGUGUUUUCUGAAGUUUGUGGUUUUGGUUUCUUUCCCUGGGGUCUAAUUGUGACUCACAGAAGCCACUUGAGGGCUGGAAAAAAACGCAUUUAUUGGACAGUGUCUAAUGCAAAGCUGCUGCACAGCUACUGGGUGUAGACAGCAGACCAGGCAUGGAGUGACCUGUAACAAUUGUGGUUAAUCUGCUGAUUGCUCCCCUCUUCUUCUGGUGCUGUGCCCUGAAAUCUGAAGGGAUUAACUAGGGAAAGGGCUGGGACUGUAAGACAACAUUGCAGUGCAAGGAAGUAAAGUUGAUAACCUUCCUCUCCACCUGCAUUUGGUCUUUUUAUAUUGUAAAUUCCAACCACAGUUAUGGUAUGAUGAAGUACCAAAGCCAAAGACUGGUGAAACUAAUGCCUGGGAGUGCAUUCAGUAAAUGCAUUACUUAGGCAUUGAAGUGCCAUGAAUAAAUGCGAUUUCUGGGUCUAGAACACAAAAAUGCUAAGAGCAGCCUGACCUAGAGCCUUUAUUAGAUAAACAUAUUUGACAAAAAUGAAGAAAUGUCAUGAAUUGAGGGUGCUGCUCUAACAAAAUGGCACUGACUGGUAUUUAAAUCCUUAUAGCAAUGAGAAAGAGAAACAAGGCUAACAUGGCUUUUGAGAUGGUGAGCCUUUACCUCAUAUUUGCUGUGAUGGGCUCAAAGGCAGCUGCAGUUUCACAGAGAUGUUUUUUUUCAUACCUGCACAUGCCUGGGGAGGGUUAAUGUCCAGCUCUUCAGGGCUGCAGAUUAAAAACUGAACUGCACCCUCAGGGACUUCCCUUCAAACAACAACAACAAAAACAUCUCAGCACAGAUUUAUCCUGCAGAAUGCAGCAUUAGCAGCUCAAGACACAUGAGAAACUGCUGUUAUGUAAGAGGAAACAACAAAAAUCCCCCAAACUCAGCACAGCAUGUGGGGGAAGAGGAUUGGUUUGUUCAUUCUAGAUAGAGAAGCAAAGAAAAGGAAGAAAUCUGAAAUGAGGAAGCUAAUCAUCUAUACCUAUAUAGUACAUGCUUUAUAGAGAGAUAAUUUCCCACUGCUGAGAAAUUUUCACUUCAGGGUACUCACAGCACAUCAUUCUUCAUGCAGUGGAGUGGACAAUUGCUGGUUUCUUUGGCAGAUCUUUCUUGAUUCGUGCUGAGUUUAACAAGAAAAACAAACUCCUGCAUGAUGGCUCCUCUCAAAUUAGUUGUGGUGUUUAGAUGCUAUUUGGGCCUUCUUGCUAUUAUUCAUGUAAUAAACAAAUCUUUGUAGGGCCUUAGUGAAACUCUUACCUGCAAUUUAAGCACUUAUUUAAAAAGAAAAAAAAAAAAGAAAAAGAAAUUGGCAUUGAAGCACUUCAUCAAACUCCCCUCUGAGUAAAGCAAGUUGGCAGAGUUUGCAGCUUGACCAUUCUUUUCUUAAUGUCCUUGAAGAUGUUCAUUGCAUCCCUGAGGAGUCAGAUUCUGGAAGCGCUUUCACUGUAACCUUUUGUUAAAAGUCUGACCCAUUAUGAGGUGUUAGAAAGGAAAAAACAUUCUUUUUUGGAUCAAAUGUCCUGUUUCAUGUCAGUCCCUACAUUAUGAUUAAAGAUUUUUUCAUGUUCAAACCUGAAUAUUUUGCUUUGCUUCAGGGUUUGUUUUUUUUACUGAAAUGAAAAAUACUUUUAAUGUCCUAAUAUUUAGAUACAAACCACUGUAAUUCAGAGGCUCUGUAAAGAUAUUUAUUAAGUAUCUUUUCAGGAGUAUUGCACAUACCAUUUCCUUCAGAACCAGGUACAUUUAAAAACACUGCAGUGUAACACACUCCCCCAAUAUAUAAAUUAAUAGAUAAUUAGACUUUUCAUACUGUAGAGUCCUGUUACUGUACCUAUAAAGAAUAUAUGCAAUUAAGAAAAGUGUAAUCCAGCAAAAUUAGUGAUUAUAUUUAAUAAACAUCUGCCGCAGCUGAUCCUGAUGAUAAGAGAGGAACUCAGGAGACAUUUUCUGGGUUGUGAACAGAUCCAAGCAGGAGGCAGGAACUCCUCCAGUUUAUUUACAAAAGAAACUUAUAUACACCUACUAUAAUGUCCAUCCAUUGGAGGAUUAAAUUCCCACU